GUCAAGAGGGAGAAGGAGAGGAGGACUGAACAAUGAGAGAGAACCUUGCUAGUGUGUCAUCCCCAAACAUGGCAUUUACGGACUGCAUGAAACCAACAGAGCUGGCCGCAGACAAGGGGAUCAAAAAGAAAAACUGGAGGAACAGAAUACGACUUCUCCUGAAGACAAAUUCUACACAGCGUGUGAAAAACAGACUCUGCCGGCCAAGCGUAGAUGACGUGAACCAAUGGGCGCAGUCGCUUGACAAGCUGCUCAGUCAUAAAUAUGGGAAAAUUGCAUUUUGUAUCUUUCUGAGGUCCGAAUUUUGCGAUGAGAACAUUGAGUUUUGGUCAGCCUGCGAGGAGUUCAAAAAGAUCAAGUCACGGAAGGAAAUGGUGUCCAAGGCAAACCGCAUUUACGAGGAGUUCAUUAAAAGUGAAGCGCCAAAGGAGGUCAACUUGGAUUUCCACACCAAAAAUGCCAUCGCACAGAGUCUCCACAAGCCCACUGCAACUAGCUUCCUGGUAGCUCAGAGGAAAAUCUACAACCUGAUGGAAAACAACUCUUACCCCAGGUUUAUCAGCUCUGACCUCUACAACGAACUGUAUGCAGCUGCAGCAAGAGAGGACAUGGACGUUGAGUCCUAGCAUAACUAGACACCCACUUGUGGAGUCAUUUGCUUACCCCUGUGACUGUAAAUAGACUGUCCACCGUGUUCAUUCCAGGCGCUACCUCGGUAUAAUACAGCUGAAUGCAAAUUCGUAGCAUAAACAUUAACGGGCGAGUGUGGAAAAUGCAAAGUGCUGUCAAGAGCUCUCAACGAGGAAGCGGGAAUGAUUUGGCCAGAUCCUGUAUGUCACUGCAGACAGUGCACAGACUGUCUCAAGCAGAUGGGACUAAUGCUAAGCUUUUAUCACUGAGCCAUUACCUGAACCUUCUUUUCAAUACCAAUAGACAUUUUGAUCAAUGAUGCAGAUCUAGUUCCACUGCAUUCAAAGUCAAAACACUUGCCUGCAUCUCUUGCCUUACAUCAAACCAAACACAGUGACAGGAAGUGUUUUCUGUCACAAUAUCCAUUUGAAGGCUUUGUAUGGUCAAACACACCUCGCGUGUACCUCUAUGUUUUCAUUUCUCUGCUGGUUGCAGCAGUUUACAUUAAAACAAAAUUACAAUUGUAAUUUAUAUGACACAGUUUCAUCUAAUGCCUAUGUUUGGCCUGAAAUUACUGUGAUACUGUAAGAUACUGUAAAUAUGUGAUGUUGCACUAUGUGUUUAAUGUGAAUUUAAGCAUUGAGCAGCUGGACUGUUUGGUUAUUAAAAUGUUUUCUUCAACA